AUGGGUUCGAGCAAGAAUCUAAAACGGCAGGCUACUAAAGCUCUUGUCCCAGCGAUCGUGUCUCCUUCUUCAUUUCAAGCGACCCCCAGCGGGGUGGUCGGACGGUUCCGCCACCAGCCGAAGACCUCCCUAAGAACCGCAGAGGACACGGAGAACUGGGCCGACCACCCUACCUUGCUCCUAUUGAGCAUCCCCUCGGACCUUGCCUGUUUCGCCGCUGAACUUCUGUUCGGCGCCACUGUCCGACUUCCCGGCCAUAUGAUCUCCCCACCUCCUCCCGAUACAGACGAGGAGCACCGCCGAUGUACGUGAACUAGUCUUCCCGGCUCCGAGUGUCAUCUCUCACGUUUACCUACGAUGUGACCGAGUUCGUCAACUGUUCGAACCACCUUACAACGGCCCCUUCCGGGUUGUCAUUCAAGGGACAAAGACAUUCCAAAUCCAGCACAAAACUCGGGAGAAAGUCAUGAGUGCGGACCGCCUCAAAGUUGCUGUGCCGGACCACUGUCAGUCCGCCUCUCCUAUCCUGUGCCUCCUACCUGUUUCUCCAUCUCGCCUGCGCCCAACUUUAAUCUCCAACUCUACACCACAGCACACACACAUCCCAUCCCCUUGGUCGCUCCUGUUUAUAUCACCGACAGUGGGCGCCAAGUUCGCUUCCCUAAUCGCUUCGUUUCUCAUGUUUUACGCCACCCUCCGGGGAGGUGCUGUGCUGCGAUGUCAGACUAACUUUCUCCCUCCCUAUCUGUCCUGGUUAACGCAACUGCAACAGCCCUAGAUGGAGACGCGCGCUUUGCUAAGAAGCGGUUGGUCGACCACGACAUCAGGUCGUUUGUCUUGCGAAUACUAAUUUUAUCCGUUCUCCGCUGAUCUCACUCAAGCUGGUGCAUAUAAUUUAUGGUGCCAGGCUUGAGCAACUGGCAAUAAUGAAAACCGCUUUUCCAACAGUCGCGAGUUAUUGCGUUAACGACAAUCCCACUCCCCCUUGUCGUGACUUUAGACGAAGCACACAAAGUCAGGCCACUAGUAGUUCGUGAGCUCCACUACCCGAUCAUUGGGAUUUCUAGGCCCCAACUAGCCAGAAAAAUGGGUAGUUUGUGAGCUUUGUUUUCCUCAUCGCAAUAAAUUACAGCUUCAGAUUGGCAAAGUUGAGAGAUUCGGGUUGAUUAUUUGAAGAAGAAGAAGAAGAAAGAAGAAGAAGAAGAAGAAGAAGAAGAAGAAGAAGAAGAAGAAGAAGAAGAAGAAGAAAGAAGAAGAAGAAGAAGAAGAAGAAGAAGAAGAAGAAGAAGAAGAAGAAGAAAAAGAAGAAGAAGAAGAAGAAGAAGAAGAAGAAGAAGAAGAAGGGCUCUCCGGAACAGAUUUAUUUAAAUGCUGA